AUGAGUGUAAUUAAAGGAAUUGCAAGAGCUAAUUUGAAAUUGGUUGAGCUAGUUCAAAAGGGUUAUAUUAUUCAUGGAUAAACUUUAGAAGAAUAAAUGAUGAAUUUUGAAAGAAUUAUUUCAGAUCAUAGUAAUAUUGAGAUGUAUUGGAUUAGAUAGGAAACAUGAUAAAUAAUGGCUAUUUUAAGAUACCAGAUUAUAUGAAAUUCCUAGACCUUCUAGAUAUAAAGAUUUGUAUGAAAGAGAAUUGAAAAGAAAGAAGGAUAGAAGAACAAUUGCAUUCCUUUGUAAACAUGUUAUGGCUGAAAAGAAUGUUAAAAUACCUAUGAAAUGAGUC